AUGAUCUCAUCGAUUCUCAUAUUGAAAACCGAAGGAGUUAUUGGUGUUGUCACCACCACUCCUGUGCUCAAAAGAAUUGCUUUCAGUGCUGCUGAUCCACCAAAAGAGACGCUCUCUCGCAUCAUCGAGCUUGUUCUAAGAAGCAAAGAGGAGAAGAAGACCGAUACCAAACUAAUUGCUGUGGAAGCUGAUAACUUGACGUCGCUGCUCGAUGUUUUAGCGGAGAGACAAGCUGCGGAGGAGUUCUCAGUGACAAAAGGAGCUUUCUUUGCUACACGAGAAGCUUCCUUCGAUGUCGCGUUACCAUAUAAGCCUUGUAACGUCUCGGCUCUUCGUAGGGAUCGGAAGAGGAGAGUUGUUGCUUUCGAAAGACACUCAGCUUUUGCUGUUGAGCAUGUGGUUGCAACUGUUGUUUAG